AUGGCAAAUAGUCGACCAUCUCUCGUCUGGGCAAUAUCACAAGGCGCAAAUGCAAUCGAAAGUGACCUUCAUUUCGAUAGUGACGGUAAUCCUACGUAUUUUGAACAUGGUGGUAUUUGCGAUUGUAUUUGUGCUAUUGGAGAUGACCAUAUAUGUCAUACUGUUCAGAGUGAAUGUCAAGGAAGUGGAGCUAGUGAAAAUGCUGUAACUCACAUGCAACAUAUUGCGAGCCUUAGUGGUGUUGCUCUUGUUUUUAUCGAUUCUAAAGUGGAUGCAGACAUGGGAGCUACACUUACUAAAGCUGGUUCAGCUGUCAUUCCUUUCUUGGAUGAAAAUCUCUUUGGCAAGGGAUACCAAGGAAAAGUCAUCAUCUCAUCAGCAAAAUUUGACACAUACGAUUAUAUUCGAGCAACAGCAAUGGCAGCAAAGUCUUCACCAAAUAUGGCACGCUACUUCUUCACAUUCGAUCAAGAAGACAAUGAUUAUGUUGGUGUAAUGGGAAUGCUCUCGCGCUUUACAAACAAUCGACUUUACGGAACUGGCAGUUCUUCUUGUAUUCCGAAAACUUUUUAUUCUGGAAUAACAGCUGCUAUUACAGGUCAACUAAAUAGUGAAAAUAGUAUGACAUACAUUUGGACUUUAGACAAACAAUCAUCCAUGGAAGAUUACAUCAAUCUUGGUGUUCAAGGGAUCAUGACGAAUCGAGUCGCCUCACUUAAAAAUUUAGCAAUUUCAAUGGGUUUGAGAAUCGCUCAACCUUCCGAUCCUAUUCCUGUUUCGACUAAUUCUGUUUCGUCGCCACAUGUAUGCGAUUGUAGCUAUAAUUCGGAUGGUUGCGUAAUUUCCAUGCCUCCACCAAUGCAUACAGCAUGUAAAUGUACUGAACGAGUGUUGGCUUGCGAUGGUACCGUUGUUUCAUGCAGCAACCCACAGAGUCCAUAUUGUGCCGAUCCUGAUCUGUCUCCUGGUACGUGCGUUUUAGGUGGUGGUAAUUGCAAAGGAUAUCAAAUCAAUCAAAGCUGCGAUUGUCAAUACAUCGUCAAGGGAUUGCUGAAACCCAGUGGUUGUAAAAUCAUCAAAGCCAUGAUUUCAAAUCUUGCCUGUAGAUGUCACCGGGAUAGCAUUUGGAGCUGUUCCGGUUAUCCCGUAUCAUGUGAUACUUCAAAUCCGAAAUGCGCCAAUCCUGAUCUAUCGAAAGAAUCGUGCAUGUUAGGUGGAGGCAAUUGUGGCGGAUAUUAG